AUGCCUGUUCCCUCCAGUACCCGUCUUCCAGUAGGAAACAAAGACUUUACAAAUGCAACUGUCAUUAUCAUUGGAGCCGGAAUAUCCGGCAUGAACAUGGCGAUAGACCUCAUCAAACGGAACAACUGUCGCAACUUUGUCAUCCUCGAGAAGAGUAGUAACAUCGGCGGAACAUGGAAUGAUCAAAAGUACCCCGGAUGCUGCUGCGAUGUUUGGAGUUCAUUGUACAGCUAUUCCUUCGAGCAAAACCCCAACUGGUCUCGCGAGUACCCAGGCCAGGAGGAAAUCUACGCAUACCUCGUCGGAAUCGCAGAAAAAUGGGGUCUUUACAAACAUCUCCGAUUCAAUUCAGCCGUGGAAGAAGCUCGCUGGGAUGACGAAGAAUUGAAAUGGAAAGUUACUGUCAAUAUAUCAGGACAGAAAGACAGCGAGUUUGGGUCCUCCUAUGUCAUUGCCUCCGAUUUCCUCGUCUCUGCCGUCGGCCAGCUCAACUUGCCCAGAUACCCUGAUAUUCCGGGCAUUGAUGACUUCGAAGGGAAACUGAUGCACUCCGCCCGAUGGGACUGGAGCUACGAUUUCAAGGGGAAGAAGAUUGCGAUCAUUGGAAAUGGAGCAACGGCGGCCCAAAUCAUCCCGGAAAUUGCACCAACUGCUUCUCAUCUGACAGUAUUCCAGCGGACGCCAAACUGGCUAGUUCCUCGCAUGGACGCUCCCGUGUCCGCUUUCCAAAAGGCACUAUUAAAAUACGUGCCACCUAUCCGCUGGCGCAAACGUGCGGUCCAGAUGGAAUUCCGUGAGGAUUUCCAUGCUGCUAUCUUCGAUGACAACUCCGAGUAUGCGCAGACGAUUCGAGACUGGUGCACGGGUAUGCUCAAAGCUCAGUUAGCCAACAAGCCCGAGCUCUGGGAGACCUUGACACCUGACUAUGCGCCUGGGUGCAAGAGGGUUAUCCUGUCUGAUGAUUACUAUCCUGCGUUAGCUCGUGACAAUGUGGAUCUAGAGACAAGACGUAUCGAGCGCAUUACGACCAAGGGAAUUGAGAUUGAGGGCGUUGGCGAGCAAGAAUAUGACUUUAUCGUGCUGGCAACGGGAUUUAAAACGGUCGACUUUAUGUACCCGAUUCAAGUCUUUGGUACGAAGGGUCGAUCGGUUGCAGAUAUUUGGAAGGAUGGGGCAAAGGCUUACUACGGUGUGACUGUGGAGGACUUGCCUAAUUUUGGAAUGUUCUAUGGUCCGAACACUAAUCUCGGUCACAACUCUAUCAUUCUCAUGAUCGAAGCCCAGUCGCGUUAUCUGAAUGCCUUGGUUGGUGAGGUAAUUCGUUCACGCCACCUAGGAAAGACACUUGCCCUCAUGCCAACACCAGAAGUGAUGAAAGACUACAAUGACAAGAUACAAGCUCUGCUGCGGAGUAGUAGCUUUGCAGAUCCCAAGUGCAACAGCUGGUACAAGAGGGACGAUGGAGUCAUCACCAAUAACUGGUCCGGUACUGUCGUGGAUUACCAGAAAAAUCUUUCAAAAGUGCAGUGGGAGGAUUACAUUGUCAAAGGUUCCGGUAGUGAUCUUGUUAAGAACAAGAGAGCUACUCAGCUGGGACGAGUUCAUGAAGAGCCUUACUUCAGCAAUACAUCUCUUCUUGCCGGUGCGGCUGGUGUCUUAGCACUUGGUGGGUAUCUCAUCACUCGUGCAAAGCAGCAGAAGGCCCGCUGA